AUGGCGUUGAAAGCCAGAGCGCUUUACAACUUCCAGAGUGAAAACAAAGAGGAGAUCAGCAUCCAGGAGAACGAGGAGCUCGUCAUCUUCAGCGAGAACUCCCUGGACGGGUGGUUACAGGGCCAAAACAGCCGCGGGGAGACCGGCCUCUUCCCUGCCUCCUACGUCGAAAUCCUCCGCUCCCGGUCAGGCUCCAACUACACGGACUACUCCGGCAGCCCGGCCGGCUCCCCCGGGCACGACUCCUCCUUCUACACAGCUUCCCCCAACCCCGGCAUCUCCUACCAGGGCAGUUUUGAGGACGACGACGAUGAUGAUUGGGAUGACUGGGACGAUGCCUGCACGGUGGUGGAGGAGCCCCGGAGCGCGCCGGGCACCAACGGGCACCCUUCGCCCAGCCUGCAGUACCCGGCGGCGUACGGCCACCACCAACACGCCGGUUACUGUCCCAAGCCGGCGCUGGAGAGGCAGGACAGCAUGAGCUCCUCCAAGAGGGGCAGCGUGGUGGGGAGGAACCUCAACCGCUUCUCCUGCUUCGUCCGCUCAGGGGUGGAAGCCUUCAUCCUGGGCGAUGUGCCCCUGAUGUCCAAGAUCGCCGAGGUGUACUGCAUCGAGAUGGGCUCCAAAGGUCCCCAGUGGAGGGCGAACCCCCACCCCUUCAUCUGCUCCGUGGAGGACCCGACCAAGCAAACCAAGUUCAAGGGCAUCAAGAGCUACAUCUCCUACAAGCUGACCCCCAGCAACAUCAACUCGCCCGUCUACCGGCGCCACCACACCUCGCCCGUCUACCGGCGGUACAAGCACUUUGACUGGCUCUACAACCGCCUCCUGCACAAGUUCACCGUCAUCUCGGUGCCCCACCUGCCCGAGAAGCAGGCCACCGGGCGCUUCGAGGAGGACUUCAUCGAGAAGCGCAAGCGGCGGCUGAUCCUCUGGAUGGACCAUAUGACCAGCCACCCCGUCCUCUCCCAGUACGAGGGCUUCCAGCACUUCCUCUGCUGCCGUGACGAGAAGCAGUGGAAGCUGGGCAAACGCCGGGCGGAGAAGGAUGAGAUGGUGGGCGCCAGCUUCCUCCUCACCAUCCAGAUCCCCACGGAGCACCAGGACCUGCAGGACGUGGAGGACCGCGUGGAUGCCUUCAAGGCCUUCAGCAAGAAGAUGGACGACAGCGUCCUGCAGCUGACCAACGUGGCCUCGGAGCUGGUGCGCAAGCACGUGGGGGGCUUCCGGACCAUCAGCCACUCCUUCCACAUGGACCCCCCGUACAGCUCGGACGCCCUCAACAACGCCAUCUCCCACACGGGCAAGACGUACGAGACCGUGGGGGAGAUGUUCGCCGAGCAGCCCAAGAACGACCUGUUCCUCAUGCUGGACACUCUCUCUUUGUACCAAGGGCUCCUCUCCAACUUCCCAGACAUCAUCCACCUUCAGAAAG